CUGGCGCGUUUCACGCAAAUCAGCGGACAGGAUGUACCGCAGCUGAUACAGAUGAUCGGACCAGAGCCAAACAAAUUUCGCGGAACUUCCGAGAGAAUCGACAAACUGAUCGAUCAAGUCAAUAAGAAGUUACGUUGAGUUUAUAUAUCUACGAUAGCGGCAAUGUCAGUGCCCAGGAAGGAUUCCAUUUCAACGGAAGAUGCCAGAAGGAAGAGAAAAAAGUGGAACAUCAGUGUAAACCCGAGAAAAUAUUUGUUGAUAUUACAAUGGCUACCAAAGUACAAUCAAUUUCAAGCCGUAUCCGACGUUAUAGCCGGUAUUACGAUAGGACUCACCAUGAUACCGCAGAGUAUCGCUUACGCUGCACUAGCUGGAUUAACUGCUCAGGUAUUCCCUGUUUUCUCCCAUUGGUGGAAAGAAGAAAGAGAAUGUGAACUCAACAAUGCUGUUAAUUCACAGUACGGGCUUUAUUCAUCGUUUCUCGGUGGUUUCAUAUACCUUCUACUUGGGACCACCAAAGAAGUAUCAAUCGGUCCUACAUCUUUGAUGUCUCUCUUAACGAUGGAAUACACGCAUGACAUGCCGAUAGACUUUGUUAUACUCCUUACCUUCUUGGCCGGAUGCGUAGAGCUAACAAUGGGCUUGUUGAAUUUAGGUUUUUUGGUGGACUUCAUUUCCAUCCCCGUUACGUCGGCAUUCACUUCGGCAGCGGCAAUUAUUAUAAUCGUUGCCCAGAUUCAGGGUCUUUUAGGUCUGAGAUACAAAUCGUACAACAUAGUCGAUACCAUAAAUAAAACGUUUAAAAACAUAGAUAAGGUACAUUUGCCCGACGUAGCGCUCAGUUUUUCCUGCAUUGUUUUCCUUUUACUCUUCAGGAAAUUGCAAGAUUUUGGAAAGUGCAAGACUGGGAACAACGAGAUUACGAGGACGAAAAAGAUUUUGUGGUUUCUUUCUAUUGGUCGCAAUGCUCUUGUCGUCUUAAUAACGUCUAUUAUAUCAUUUAAUUUGACAUUGCAGGAAUCUUCUCCAUUUACUCUUUCAGGAAAGGUUAAACCUGGAUUACCCGCUGUGUCUAUACCGCCGUUCUCAUCGCAAAUCGGAAAUCGUACAUACACAUUUUUCGAUAUGUGCUCCCAUUAUGGAUCUGGCAUAUUUAUGAUACCAAUUAUCGCGGUCUUGACAAACGUGGCGAUUGCAAAAGUGUUUGCAAGCGGUGGCUCGUUAAAUGCAAAGCAAGAAAUGUUAACGCUCGGCAUUUGCAAUAUACUUGGAAGUUUCUUCUCGUCGAUGCCAACUUGCGGAGCAUUGACAAGGAGCGCAGUAAGUGCUGCGAGCGGUAUACAGACGCCUAUGGCGGGAUUGUAUACAGGAAUCUUAACAUUGUUAGCUCUUAGCUUUCUAACGCCUUACUUUUACUACAUACCACGUGCGACACUCGCGGCAGUAUUAGUAAGCGCCGUUUUCUUUAUGGUCGAUUUACGAAUAUUCAAAGUGCUUUGGAAAGGGUCCAGAAAAGAUGCAAUAGCAGCUAUAGUGACGUUUAUAGUUUGUAUACUUUGUAACAUUGAAGUAGGACUUCUCCUUGGUGCAGCGCUCAAUAUAAUUUUUUUACUUCAUCCAUCGGCUAGACCAAAUCUAAGCACCAUUGAGUGCAAGACAGACUUGGGAAAUGAAUAUCUGAUGCUUAAACCUGACACAGGAUUUUAUUAUCCUGCAGUAGAUUUUCUUUCUAACAAAUUAGAGACAAUAGCUACCAAGUAUGAGGAAACAAAAAUGCCAUUGCUCGUAGACUGUGAGAGAUUUCAAGGUUUUGAUUAUACCGCUAUAAAGAGUAUGGAAAGAUUAUCGAAACAAUUAAAUAGUAAAACGCAAAGAUUAUGGCUAUUAAAUGUUAAGCCAGAAGUUAUAGAAACUAUUUCAAUAUUAGCAGAUAAGAAAUAUUUUCUUUUUAUCAAUGAUCAUGAUAAAAUUAAGCCCUUUGUAGAUGAAAUAAAAAAGAAUACUGAUGAAGAAAGUCUUGUGAACGAGGAGAACGGAUUAAUGAAGAAUGCUGAAAAAGAACAUUUAGAAAUGGAAGUCUAUGAAGAAUCUAAUGGAAUAUUUAAAAAGAGAAAUGAUGAUAUUAAAGAAUCUGACAAAAUGUCAUUGCAUCGAUCAAACGCUUGAUAGGGAUAACUGUAGCAACUCUAUUGUAUACAGUUGAAUUAUCAUAAUCAAUAAAUAAAUUAUUAAUCGAUUAUAGACGAGAUCAUAGGAUAUGGUUAUAUAUGGACAAGAAGUUUUUAAAUAAAUUAAUCAAUGGUACCAAACUUCCAUUGGGUGAUACUUAUAUUAUAUUAAUCAAUUCAAUAUAAAAGUUAUUGUAAUUUAUCGAUGGGAAAGAUGGUCACGACGAUAUUAGAAAAAAAGAAAAGGAGGAAGAAAAAGAAGGCUAAAGGUGUAUAAAGAAACGAGAAAUAGUGUAGUAUUAAGUUUUUGGAAGAUUAAAUGUGCCCAUUAAAUAAUCGUUGAUUUAUUAAACAAAAAAAGAAUGUAGAGAGAGAGAGAGAGAGAGAGAGAGAGUAUUUUUAUUUUCCCAAUAUGUAACAACAUGCCACUUUUCUACUA